AUGGAUCACAAUCCCUCCCCCCAAGAUGCGGCUCAUCUACGUGAAGCCAUGGACGAGGACAAUAUACAAGACGCAGCUCCUCUAAACGAAGCCAUGGAUGAGGACAAGGACGAUAUAUAUCUAGCCGAUGCAGACUCCGAGGGGAGUACCAUGAAGAUGGACUCUGUCACUUCCCCUGUCGAGAAUAACGAUCCGAUGACACUUUCUGAUGAUAGCGUCGAUUCUACCGUGGAUCUUGAUGGCGAAGGCUUCUUUCUUGGUAACGAAGCCAGGACCGUUUUCUACGGCGACCAUGGAUUUCUUCUCAGCAGCUCCGCGCAUCGCAGGUCUCGGCGUCCUCCCCCUCGUAGGACUACUGAGCAACACAGUCCGCCCAAUAUUCCGCACAGCCGCUCAUUCUCGAGUCAACAAAACAGCACAGUCAGUGGCCCAGCCAACAAUGGAUCCAAUACCCUAUCCAGUGUCCUAUCCAAGGGUCUAUCCAUCGGUGCAGCUCAAGCCGACGAUCUAGCCAAUCGACUGGAAGGCAAUAGACUCUCCUUCGGUAUAAACAAUGGCUUGCCAACUGUUCUCACCAACCGCGAAUCCAGUCAACCCGUCGACCAACUCGGCGAGCAACUCAACGAUCUGUCCAUCAACCAUCCCAGCGAGAACGAAUCAAGCAACGAGAGCCACAAGGCCCCUUCCCACAGUGCGUCGGACAGCGGCUUUGAUGAAUACGGCAUGGAACUCAUCCGCUGGUUCAAACCCUCUCAAAUCCAAGGCAUCUCCCCUGAUCAGCUUCUCGUCUACAACACCCGGAAGCAAUUCUCCCACGUGCGGAAGCUCAAACCGCACAACUUCCCCUUCCUCCACGCGGGCGAUACUUGGGUCGACGAAGGCACAAUCUUCAUCUCCAUCGCAGCCCACGACCGAGGCGAGGACCACCUGCCAGUUGCCUGGAGCGUCCAUUUCGGCCAUGAGUCCAAAUUCAACGUGUGGCGGCCCGUGAGGAGUGAGUUUCCGCACAACAAAAAGUCCGGUUGCAUCUAUGCGAUGCAAUGCGCUUUGGGGUUCGUUCACGUUAAAAUCUUUCUGGAGGAUUCAGAUAUCCAUACCGUCAUCAUCAGAAACAGCUCGCCGUGGCUGACACGAGCAAUGACUGGCGGUCUUGAGCUCUAUAAUUAUGGCUACCACUUGCCCUGGCUCGAUGGGCAUCAGCUGUUGUACUUGCAAGAUUUACGAAAUCUGGUGAAUGUCAUGCAAAGCAUGACGGAUCACGGGACAAAUCCCCUCAAGUUCAGGUUUUGGUGUGUUGAGCCCGAGGCCAACCGAGAGGCCAUUGAGCUUGCGCUGCGGGUCUAUGCGGGCUCGAGGAGUAGUCAGAAAUAA